AUGUCUCGUCCUUCGUCUAUCGCCCAGCGCCCUCUCACGCUCACAGAGGAGCUGGAGAAGCUGGAGCAAUCCAUCACGCUCACGCUGCAGGAGAUCGACCAUAAUUUCAGUCAGGCGCAUCGGAUCGUGACUACAAGCAUCUUGCCUGUCGUUGAGCAGUACGCAGAGCAUUCCAGGGAUGUCUGGGAGGGGGCAAAGUUCUGGAAACAAUUCUUCGAAGCGAGCGCCAAUGUCUCCUUAUCCGGAUACGAGGAGCGACCCAACGAGGAUACAGUACAGGAAGAGACCGCCAUGGAAGAGGACUCGUCGAACAUCAACCAGAGCAACCUCACCGAGACCGCGUCCUAUGAAACACCCUCGUCCGAACGUAUGCAAAAAGCAGACGAUGUUGACCUCACCUCCCUUACCCUCGAAUCGCAUAGUACGCCGCGCGCACCCUCGCACGAACACCAUCAAGACGACGACACCUCAACCUCGCUCCCCUACUCCCCCUAUGAAACCUUGAAACAACAGAUCAACGAGACAGAAGUACCCUUCGACCUCGAAGACUCAGCCCUUCCUACCACACCCGGAAAACCCUACCAAAGAUCCCACGGCUUUUCCCAUCAUGCAACCGAUACCCCCAUGUCCUCCUCGCCAUUUGUCCCCCCUGUUUCGUACGACGACGAACCCUCCACCGCCCAGCGCGGCCACGAAAAUCCCGUCAUGCAUCAAAUGCCUGAUAGAACAUAUCGUGUGCAAGCUACUCCCAUCGGAAAGAGCUAUGGCAACAACCGGUCCAAGUUCACCAUCACCCCGAAAGCGACAACCUCGAAAUACACCUUCGACGACUCGCCCAUCUCCAGUCCCGAGCCCGAGGCUCCCCAAUUGCACGCCGAAAUCUUCGACUCGCCGUCUAAAGCUAUGACUCCGGGAACAGGUCGAAAGCGCCGCCCUAGCGCUAAUCUGCGCAUUACCCCCAAGCCAGGCAUGAGCGUGCUCACUCCAGCGAAAGGGAGCGGGAAACAGCCAGCUUGGGAUAGUGACGAUGAACUGGCUGGCGAUUAUUAUGAUGAUGACGAGGACUUUGGACCCAGUCCUCCGAAGACCAUGCAAUUCCACAUCCCGCAGAGUCGACUCAUGAAGACACCAGCCAAAGAAGCUUCCAAGCGGAUCGUGUCGGAUCUACUCACCACUGCCGGCGCAGAGGACAUCACAGACGACUUUAAUGAUGACCAGAGUCCAAGCGUAAUUCGACGGGUAGAGCGAUUGGAGGAUGAAACUUUCUAA